AUGUCCUUCCUGAGAAACGAAAGUACUGAUUGUCCAGAACUUUUUGACAUCCCUCAUAAGAACCCUUCGUUAGUGGAUGAUGUGUUGGCAUGUGCCAAGUUUACCAAAGGUGCAGUUAUGUCCUUCACUGCUGAGUUGGCACUUAUUGAUGUUUGGAGAGAAAACAAAGAGGAGUACAGGAGAGCACACAGGGAUGCGCCGUUCUACAGGAAGAUCGCCUCCCAGUUGAUUCUACGUGGGCACACUUUCAACCCGGAGCAAUGCAAGAAUAAAAUGGACACUCUCAGACAAGAGUUCACAUUGUACAUAAAAACGAAGUCAGGAGAUGGAGCACGAGAACCAUGGCCCUAG